AUGAUCCGUCACGAAGGGGCACGCCGAAGCCUCUGGGUCUGCAGGCAAUGCGUCGGCCGAUCCAUCGAACCUCUAGCAAGCCGACGAUGCUUCUCUACGCUCCCCUUCUCGACACCCUUUGACGCGGCGUCGCGCCCUCAGCCCAUCGUCGACCACGUCACGAGUAAGCAGCACGACGACAGCACGCUGCGCACCGUCUUCGACGUCCCCUCGGCCCGGAAAUUCCCCGACUUCAGCCUCAAGAAGAAGAGCAAGGGCCUGUUCAAGAACCGGUACCUGACGAGCCCGGACGGCUUCCUAGUGUUUGCGCAGAAGAACCUGGAGAGGGCGACGAGCAUUGUGCGGCGGGUGCUGACGGCGUCCGGGACGGCCGAGUAUCGCACAAUUGUGCGCGACCUGGACCGGCUGAGCGACCUACUGUGCCGCGUCCUGGACCUGUGCGACUUUGUGCGCAUGACGCACCCGGACUCGCGGUGGCAGGACGCCGCCACGGGUGCCUGGUCCAUGGUGUACCAGUACAUGAACGAGCUCAACACCAUGACAGGGUUGAGCGACCAGCUGGACCGCGCGCUGGCUAUGCCCGAGGUCGUCGAGUCGUGGACCGACGAAGAGAAGACGGUAGCCGAGCUGCUCAAGCUCGACUUCAUGAAGUCGGCCGUCAACCUGCCCAAGAAGGCGCGCGACCGCUUCGUCCAGCUGUCGUCGAGCAUUAGCGAGGUGGGGUCCGAUUUCGUCCAGGGUAUGGCCCCGGAGAGGACAGAGGUGACGUUGCCCUCGCACCGCUUCUACGGCCUGUACCCAGCCUUGGCGUCGAGCCUCAAGGUGCGUAACAACAUAUCGGUGCCCACCAUGGGGUCCGAGGCUGCGGCGGCCCUGCAGAGCGUGUACGACGAGGAGACGCGCCGCGAGCUAUACCUCGCGCAGCGCAAGGCAUCGAAGCAGACCAUCAACCGCCUCGAGACCAUGCUCAAGCUGCGUGCCGAGCUGGCCGAGCUGGCCGGGUUCCAGAGCCACGGCCACAUGGUGCUCAAGGACAAGAUGAUGGCCAAAUCGCCCGCGUCCGUCAUGGAGUUUCUCCUGGCCCUGCGCGAGCACAACCGGCCCAUCGUGGAGGAUGAGCUGCGUGAGCUGACGGAGCGCAAGCGCGAGAGGCUGUCAGUGCCCGACAUGCAGCUGCAGGCCUGGGACCGCGACUUCUACAUGGAGAAGAUUCGGGCCGACAUGCGGUCGCGCGUCCGGCACGAGGACCAGCUGUCGGCCUACUUCUCCGUGGGCACGGUGAUGCAGGGACUGUCGAGGCUGUUUGACAAGCUCUACGGGAUCCGAUUCGUGGCGCAGGAAACGCAGCCCGGCGAGACGUGGCACCCGGACGUCAAGAGGCUCAACGUCGUGGGGGAGGACGGCGGGCUGGUGGCUGUGCUGUACUGCGACCUGUUUUACCGGCCGCAGAAGUUCCCCAAUCCGGCGCACUUCACGGUCCGUUGCUCUCGCGAGAUGCUCCCCGACGAGGUGGCCGAGGUGGCGGCCGACAUGGGCUCCCCCGGGACGCCGGCCUUCGACACGCCCGAGCAGGCGGCCAACGACGGCAUGGAGACGUCGGCGACGGACGGCACGCUCAAGCAGCUGCCCACCGUGGCCCUGGUGUGCGACUUCCCCAAGGGCGACAGCGGCUCGCGCGAGCCCGCCCUGCUGUCGUACUACUCGGUCGAGACCCUCUUCCACGAGAUGGGCCACGCCAUCCACUCCAUCCUGGCGCGCACCUCGUUCCAGAACGUCUCGGGCACCCGCUGCGCCACCGACUUCGCCGAGCUGCCCUCGACCCUGAUGGAGCACUUCGCCGCCGACCCCACGGUCCUCUCGCUCUUCGCCCGCCACUGGCGCACCGACAAACCCCUCCCCUACGAGCUGGUCGCCGAGCGCGUCCGCCUGGCCAGGCGCUUUGAAGGCAUCGACACGGAGCACCAGAUCCUCCUCGCCAUGGUUGACCAGGCCUACCACUCCCCCGCCGUCGGCUCCUCGUCCUCGCAAUCGGGCUUCGACUCCACCGCCGCCUUCCACGACAUACACUCCCGGCACGCCAUGGGCCCCCCUGAGCCCCGCGAGACCUGCUGGCAGGGUUUCUUCGGCCACCUCCACUCCUACGGCGCUACCUACUACUCCUACCUGUUUGACCGGGUCCUCGCCGAGCGCGUGUGGCGCGUCGUCUUUGGCGCUGGGAAGACGGCCAUCGACCGUCGCAGCGGAGAGCGCCUCAAAGAGAACCUCCUCAAGUGGGGUGGUGGCCGCGACCCGUGGCUCUGCCUGGCUGAUACCCUCAACGACAAGCGUCUUGCUCCCGGUGAUGAGAAGUCCAUGGCCCUCGUCGGCAGCUGGGGUAUCAAGGGUGCUAAGAGGGAUCCUUAA